AUGGACGCGAUCCCUUCAAACUUCCCUCGGGACGAGGAUGGAUUCGUGGAUUGGAACAAGGUUGACGUGGAGUCCGUGGAGCUCCCGCGCGACGAGUUUGAGCGCGCGGGUUUGGACAAGCCCGUGGAGGCGGAGAUCGAGGAAUUGAAGCAAGAGAGCGGAUUCGCGUCGGUUAUCGUGGUGGAUAAUCUACCCAUGAUCGCCGAGGCGAAGUACGCGAAGUUGCUGAGCGUGUUGACGAAGAUUUUCAGUCAGAUUGGAACGAUUCGAGAGGGCGGGUUGUUGAUGCCGCAGGACGACUCGAAGACGUCGCUUGGUUUCGCGUUCAUUGAGUAUGAGAACGAGCAGCAAGCGCAGAGCGCGGUGGAUCAAACGAACGGCUACCAGUUGGACAAGAAGCACGUCUUCAAGGUUUGCAAGUUUGAUGACUUUGAGAAGUACGAAAAGGUGCCGGAUGAGUACGUCGCGCCGCCGCCCAAGCCGUUCGCAAAACGAGAGAACACCCAGGCUUGGAUGAUGGACCAGCGAGGUCGAGAUCAGUUUGUCUGCAGAUUCGGUGACGAGACAGAAAUUUUCUGGAACGAUCCGCAGACGAAGAAGGGCGAGGACGUGUACACGCGCACGCACUGGACGGAGUCGUACGUGCAGUGGUCGCCGAAGGGGAGUUUCUUGGCCACGGUGCACAGACAAGGAGUCGCGCUUUGGGGGGGCGAAUCGUUCGGUCGCAUCGCCAAGUACGCGCACAAUGCCGUCCAGUUCAUCGAAUUCUCUCCGUGCGAGCGUUUUCUUGCCACUGGUUCGACGCACGAACCGAGUAAGGCGGGUGAAACCACACAAGUGCUUGUCAACUUUUUCGACACGCGCUCGGGCGCCAAGUUGCGCACGUUCACGGGACCGAUUAGUGAUUUCAUAGCGGAAGGUCAACAAGGUUUGACCUGGCCGGUGUUCAAGUGGGCCGGUCAGAGUAACGGCAAGUGCGGCGCCUUCUUUGCCAAGAUUGCCACGGGAGCGAUUUCCGUGUAUGAAGCUCCGGAGAUGACCUUGGUGGACAAAAAGUCCAUCAAGCUUCCGGGUGUGGUCGAUUUCUGCUGGUCUCCAGCGGAUCCGAUCCUAUCGUGCUUCCAGCCCGAACAAAACGGCGGUAACGUCCCGGCGCGUCUCUCCUUGAUUGGCUUGCCGAGUAAGCAGGAAGUUCGUUCCAAGAACUUGUUCAACGUCGUCGGCGUCAAUAUGCACUGGCAAUCUGGCGGUGAUUACUUCGCGGCAAAGAUUUUGCGCACGACCAAGUCGAAAAAGAGCACAUACAGCGGCUUCGAACUGUUCCGAUUGCGCGAGCCGAACUGCCCGAUGGAAGUUCUCGAACUCCCGAACAAGGCUGAAAAGAUUGUCGCGUUUGCAUGGGAGCCAAAGGGUCAUCGCUUCGCCAUCAUCCACGGCGACGGCGCGCGUCCGGACGUCUCCUUCUACAGCAUGAAGGAUAAACAAGGCAACAACAACUGCACGCUUAUCGGUACCAUCAAGAACAAGACGGCUAACCACUUGUUCUGGAGCCCGAAUGGCCGCGUCGUCAUUUUGGCUGGCUUGAAGACGAUGAAUGGGCAGUUCGAAUUCUUCGACGUAGACGCCAUGGAUACCAUGGCAUCCGUCGAGCACUUCAUGGCCACUGACGUUGAAUGGGACCCUACCGGUCGCUUCGUCACCACUGCGGUGACGAGCGUUCACCAGAUGGAGAAUGGUUACCACAUGUGGACUUUCAACGGGAAGCUUCUCUACAAGUAUGGCAAGGAUCGCUUCUUCCAGUUCUUGUGGCGUCCUCGCGGGAAGAGUCUACUCUCCCCCGAGCAAGAGGCCGAUAUCGAAAAGAACAUCAAGAAAUACAGCAAGAGGUUCGAAGAGAUCGACGAGAAGAUCCGGAACGAAGCGGAUUCCAGCGCUGCGAGCGAGAAGCGCAUCAAGGAGGAGAAGUGGCGAAACUGGCUCGAGAGCAAGAAAGCGAUCCGCGAGACGCAGGCUUACAAGGCUGCGGAAGCAGAUGUUGUCGGCGAAACCCAGGCAAACUCGCGAAAGGAUUUCGUGGAGACUACGGUCAUCGAGGAGGAAAUCCUGUCCAUUGUUGAGGAACCGAUUUAG